ACUUCGGUCGAAAAAAAAAAAUUUUGGUUUAUCUAAUUCGUUCACAUCGUCAUUAUCGACUGUAUUUAUAUAUGUACAAUGGGUCGCCCACGCCUAAUACGGCAUAAUAAAUUUGAUCUGUGGUCCUCCGUUUAAAAGUUGUUGAUUCUCAGUUUACGGAUGUCUCGAGUUGUUCGAUAUCGCGCAUAGAAUCUCGAAUUCUCGAUUGUCUUGUGUCGAGAAGAGGGGGCGGUUCAGUUUGACCCGCUCUUCUUUUCCUGUUUUGUUUAUUGUCAGCAGACGACUCCAUCGUCUUUCAAUUUUCUGACUUGGAGUUGGAGGACGGAGAUUGAUUUAUUCUUGAAGAAAUUUCGUUAAAAAAGCAUUAUCAAAAUGAAAAAAAAGGUACUUUUAAUGGGUAAAAGUGGUUCUGGGAAAACCAGCAUGAGGUCCAUCAUAUUUGCCAAUUAUAUUGCCAGAGACACUAGAAGACUUGGUGCUACAAUUGAUGUGGAACAUUCUCAUGUCCGUUUCCUGGGCAACCUAGUCCUCAAUCUGUGGGAUUGCGGAGGCCAAGAGGCAUUCAUGGAGAACUAUUUUGCCAGCCAGAGAGAUAACAUUUUCCGGAAUGUUGAAGUCCUCAUCUAUGUUUUUGAUGUUGAAUCACGAGAACUUGAGAAGGACAUGCACUAUUACCAAAGCUGUCUAGAAGCCAUUCUCCAAAAUUCCCCUGAAGCCAAGAUAUUUUGUCUCAUCCAUAAAAUGGAUUUAGUCCAGGAGGAUCAACGGGAUUUGAUAUUUCGUGAGCGUGAAGAAAACCUCCAGCGUCUAUCGAAACCUCUCGAUUGCACCUGCUUCCGGACAUCAAUUUGGGAUGAGACGCUCUACAAAGCAUGGUCAUCUAUCGUCUACAUGUUAAUCCCGAAUGUCAAAGAACUCGAAUGUAGUCUGACAAAUUUUGCUGAUAUCAUCGAUGCGGAUGAAGUAUUACUAUUCGAGCGAGCAACUUUUCUUGUGAUAUCGCAUACAGAACGCCGUCCACACAGAGAUCCUCAUCGAUUCGAGAAGGUGUCGAAUAUUAUCAAGCAAUUCAAAUUGAGCUGCAGUAAACUGCAGGCCCAAUUUCAGUCCAUGGAAGUGAGAAAUUCCAAUUUCGCAGCUUUCAUCGAUGUCUUCACAUCGAAUACUUACGUCAUGGUCGUAACGUCCGACUCGACCAUUCCCUCUGCCGCAACACUGAUGAACAUGAAAAAUGCUCGGAAACACUUUGAGAAAUUAGAAAAAUUGAGCGAAAGUCAGUCUUCGAUGGGAGUCCGUUAAUUGAAACCCGAAAAGAUGUAAAUGCAUCCAAUUCAUUCAACCAUCAAAGAAAGGGGAGGGGGGGGGAGAGAAAGAUUAAAAGCAAGAAAACCUUGCCACUCAUCCUGCAUCAACUGUUUUCUUUUGGUAACUUUUGCAUCUUUGAAAGAAAAAAGAAAAUAGAACUGAAACAUUCAGUGUA